AUGCGUAAAGACGUGGAAAGUCUCUCCGAGGCGCUGCGACUACAACACACACGCUGCGAAGUUUAUCAUUUGUGGGAUGUGAAGUUCCACACAGCCCUCUCCGGUGUAUUGAGUGCCAAUGACCUCGCCGCCACUCUCAACAGUAGUAUUAUCACUGCCUUUCAACACGUCAGUUCAUCCCUGCGAGAACUGCAGGCAAACGCACAGAAGGAAAACGGUGAAGUCUACACAUUUUUAGAUCAGUGGAUUGAACGGCUGCAGCGAUUAGAACAGGAACACUACCGCACAUCUAUACAAUUACAACAACUGAUUGUACAGCACUGUGCGGCUAUUCCACAGAGGAACUGUAAAGAUACGGAAGUGACUCCAACAACAACAACAACAACAACAAGCGAAAAGGAAAAAGAAGGAGAAAAGGAAGAAUCUCAACAAGGUGAUAAUAGUGGUGAAAAGGAGAAGGAAAAGGAAAAGGAAAAAGUAGUAGAGAGUUGUCAUGUUUAUGCAAGUUUACAUGACUCGGAGCAUUGCCGGGCGAGACAUUUAAUACCCGUUUCUUCUCAGACAGCAUUGACAUUUGUAUCUUGUCGAGAUGCCAUGUUCUUCUCUUCAGAUGAUGAUGAUGAAAAUGAUGACUGGAAACGGGAUGUGAAGAGCGAUAACAAACAACAAGGAGAUUUAACUAAUAAUAAUAAUAAUAAUAAUAAUAAUAAUAAUAAUAAUAAUAAUAAUAUUAACAGUGAUGUUAAUGAUAAUGAUGAUAAUGUUUAUGAUGAUGAUGGGCGAGUGUCUUUUGUGCUUAGGAGUGGAGAGGAGGUGGUGUAUGUACCGCGUGAGGUGCAGCAGCGAUGUGCGGCAUUUAAUAAAGAAAUAAUGCCACUGUACCAAAUGAAGAGAAAAUUGAAACAAGAACUGCAGGAAUGGACGGAAGAACUUCAAGAAGAAUUGGCUGCAGCUACAGCUGUAGGAUAA